AUGACGAACGACAAUGCUUCAAACAAUUAUACGAGUGCAAAGGCCAUUGCAAAGCGGCUUAAGAAGCACAACAUUGGCGCCGAUUGGCAUGCGCUCGAGCGCAAUCUCGGCUGUUACGGGCACAUUGUGCAGUUAGGUGUCGAGGACUUUAUGGGGGCAAUCACACAGAAGGCUGUUGUGGAAAACAAGCAGGCAAUUUGGGAGUAUGACCCGACA